UACUUCUCACCACAUGCUCUUCUUCCUAUUCCCGUAUUUACAGGCGACUGAUGCGUUAGACGUUCUCCAACAAAUUAAAUUGUGCACGCAACACCAAUAUUAUACUUCCAUCCACUCUCCACUUCAAUUCCCUCGCCCCCUCAAUCCCCGCCCAUGACUAUCCCUCCCAAGGACGACCCCGUCCUCACGGACAGCCACCGCGACGAGGACGCCGGCGCUGCUUUCGUCCUUCAGUCUAAAGGUCAGUGGUGGCAUGCGGGGUUCCAUUUGACGACGGCGAUCGUCGGACCCGUCAUACUCACGCUGCCUUACGCCUUUAGAGGAUUGGGAUGGGGAUUGGGGUUCUUUUGCUUAACGACGAUGGGCGUCGUUACCUUUUACUCCUACUUCCUCAUGUCCAAGGUGCUCGAUCACUGUGAGAAAUCCGGCCGCCGUCACAUCCGUUUCCGCGAGCUUGCGGCCGACGUCUUGGGUUCUGGAUGGAUGUUCUAUUUUGUAAUAUUUAUUCAAACGGCAAUCAACACUGGGAUUGGUGUGGGGGCAAUUUUGCUUGCGGGCCAAUGCCUUGAGAUCGUGUAUUCCAACCUAUCGCCGCAUGGGUCCCUCAAAUUGUACCAUUUUAUAGCAAUGGUGACAGUGGUAAUGAUAGUUCUCUCUCAGCUUCCAACCUUCCAUUCUCUUCGACACAUCAACAUGUGUUCUCUGCUUCUCAGCCUCGGCUACAGUUUCCUGGUGGCUGCGGCUUGCAUUUACGCAGGUUUAUCAGCAAAGAGCAAUUCGACGGACUAUUCCCUGGAACCCAGAAUGUCUGCGCGGGUUUUUAGUGCCUUCACUUCCAUCUCUAUAAUUGCAUCUAUAUUUGGGAAUGGAAUACUGCCCGAGAUACAAGCAACUCUAGCACCACCUGCAACUGGAAAGAUGGUCAAAGGGCUUUUCAUGUGUUAUGCUGUGAUUUGCGUGACUUUCUACUCUGUUGCAGUGUCUGGAUAUUGGGUGUUUGGAAACAAGUCCAAUUCAAACAUUCUUAAGAGUCUGAUGCCAGAUGAGGGACCUUCUUUAGCUCCAACGUGGGUUCUUGGCCUUGCUGUCAUCUUUGUUCUCCUUCAACUCUUCGCAAUUGGCCUGGUUUAUUCUCAAGUGGCUUAUGAGAUAAUGGAGAAAAAAUCAGCUGAUGUGAGGCAGGGGAUGUUUUCCAAGAGAAAUCUCAUCCCUCGCCUAAUUCUUCGGACAAUUUACAUGGUACUAUGUGGGUUUGUGGCAGCCAUGCUUCCAUUUUUCGGGGACAUCAAUGGUGUGGUUGGUGCUCUUGGUUUCAUUCCUCUCGAUUUUGUACUUCCUAUGCUUCUAUACAACAUGACGCACAAGCCUCUAAAAUCAUCCUUCACCUAUUGGAUCAACAUUUCAAUCAUAAUCGUCUUCACAGGUGCAGGAAUCAUGGGCGCAUUCUCUUCCAUAAGGAAACUGGUUUUUGAUGCCAACCAAUUUAAACUCUUUAGCAGUGAUGUUGUUGAUUAAGCAGAUGUGUACAUAAAUUUUAAUACAGCAACCACACCAAAUCUGCUUUACAUCUCUGGCUUGCCUAGUACAUAUAGCUCAUUCUAGGUUCUGAAACACAAGACAGAGCUGAAAGACAAAGCACCAUUGUUGUACGAUUAAUGCUAGGAUCAAUAAAGGGAGCCUGCAACUAUAGAGUCGUUAAUUCUUUAGAAACUUGAGAGAAGGCAGUAUCAGUUAUUCAGUUAUGUGCAUUCGAUGGAAACUCGAAUGUGUUGGUUUUGCAUUAUAUUUUAUGUGUGUC